UUAUGUGGGGGAUCCAACAUGGCGGCCGCGGCGACCCUGGCGAUGGCGGUGGAGCCCAUCAGAACAUAGUGGCGGGGAAGGGGGCACAGUCCGCACUCACGGUGGCGUCGGCGGCGACGGCUGAGGGUGGUGGAGGGAAGAAAAGCGACGGAGAGCAAAAGGAAGGGCAGGCAGGCAAACAACUCGGCGUAGAACCGAGCGCCGGCUCGAGCGAAGGCAGAGGGCCAGAACAGUGGGGAUGGCGGAGCCACGCAGAGUAGCGUUUAUUAGCCUGUCACCGGUGAGGCGGCGCGAGGCCGAGUUCCCGGGGGCCGAACGCGAGCCCGACUACCCUCGCGAGCCCCCCCGACUGGAGCCGCAGCCGUACCGCGAGCCGGCCCGGGCGGAGCAGUCGGCCCCGCGGGAGGUUGCCCCCCGGUCGGACACGCAGCCCCCGCCGCGGGAGAAGCCGCUCCCCCAGCGCGAGGUCAGCCGCGCCGAGCCGCCCAUGUCGCUGCAGCGCGAGCCCCCUAGGCCCGAGCCGCCGCCGCCGCCGCCGCCGCUCCCGCAGUUGCACUUGCAGCCGCCUCCGCCGCGGGAGUCGGCUUCCCGGGCCGAGCCGCAGCAGAGGCCGCCGAAGGAGACAGUGCGCCUGGAGCUGGUGCUCAAGGAUCCCACCGACGAGAGCUGCGUGGAGUUCAGCUACCCGGAGCUGUUGCUGUGCGGAGAACAACGGCAGAAGAAGCCCGUUUACACGGAAGACCCAUUCAAUGCUGAUCAUCAAGAGAGGCAAGAAGUGGAAAUGUUGGCUAAGAAGUUUGAAAUGAAAUAUGGUGGGAAGCCCCGUAAACACCGGAAGGAUCGGCUACAAGAUUUAAUCGAUAUAGGCUUUGGCUAUGAUGAGACAGAUCCAUUUAUUGAUAAUUCAGAGGCUUAUGACGAAUUAGUUCCUGCUUCUCUAACAACAAAAUAUGGAGGCUUUUAUAUCAACACUGGCACUCUCCAGUUUCGCCAAGCUUCAGAUACUGAAGAAGAAGAUAUUACAGACAACCAAAAGCACAAGCCACCCAAAAUUCCCAAAAUGAAAGAAGAUGAUAUUGAGAUGAAGAAGCGGAAGCGGAAAGAGGAAGGGGAAAAGGAGAAGAAGCCAAGGAAAAAAGUACCGAAACAACUGGGAGUUGUGGCUCUAAAUUCACACAAAUCUGAAAAAAAGAAGAAACGUUAUAAAGAUUCUCUUUCUCUAGCUGCCAUGAUAAGAAAAUUUCAAAAAGAGAAGGAUGCGUUAAGGAAGGAGUCUAACCCUAAAGUCCCAGUGAACUUCUCAACCUCCUCUCUGAAUAAAACCCCCUCUGCUGCUGUGGCAUUGGGAAAUGAUGUCUCGGACUUAAAUCUGAAUAGUGCUGAUCCGGACCUCCCCAUUUUUGUUAGCACAAAUGAACAUGAACUAUUUCAGGAAGCUGAAAAUGCCCUAGAGAUGCUAGAUGAUUUCGACUUUGACAGAUUACUGGAUGCUGCUUCUAAUGGUAGCCCCCUCUCUGAGUCAGGAGGAGAGAAUGGAAACACCACCCAGCCAACCUAUGCCUCUCAAGUUAUGCCCAAGGUGGUACCUACACUCCCAGAGGGUCUGCCUGUCCUUCUUGAAAAACGUAUCGAAGACCUCCGCGUAGCUGCCAAACUUUUUGACGAAGAAGGAAGGAAAAAAUUCUUUACACAGGAUAUGAAUAAUAUUCUUCUGGACAUUGAGUUACAGCUGCAGGAACUAGGCCCUGUCAUUCGUAGCGGUGUCUACUCCCACCUUGAAGCUUUUGUGCCAUGCAAUAAAGAAACACUGGUAAAACGUCUAAAGAAGUUACAUCUCAAUGUCCAGGAUGAUCGUUUAAGAGAACCUCUGCAAAAACUGAAACUGGCUGUUAGCAAUGUCAUGCCUGAACAGCUAUUUAAAUACCAGGAGGACUGCCAGGCUCGUAAUCAAGCUAAGUGUGCCAAGUUCCAAACAGAUGAAGAACGAGAAAAAAAUGGAUCUGAGGAAGAUGAUGAUGAGAAACCAGGGAAACGUGUCAUAGGACCAAGGAAGAAAUUCCACUGGGAUGACACCAUUAGAACUUUGUUAUGUAACCUUGUUGAGAUCAAAUUGGGAUGCUAUGAGUUAGAGCCAAAUAAAAGCCAGUCUGCUGAGGAUUAUCUUAAAUCCUUUAUGGAGACAGAGGUGAAACCAUUGUGGCCUAAGGGCUGGAUGCAGGCAAGAAUGCUUUUUAAGGAAAGUCGGAGUGUACAUAAUCAUCUUACUUCUGCUCCGGCGAAGAAAAAGGUGAUUCCUGCACCUAAACCCAAAGUGAAGGAGUGUAGUCCAAAAAAGGACCAGAAAACUCCUACAUCCUUGGUGGCUUCAGUUGGUGGCCCUUCAACGAGCUCUAGCACGUCUGCUGUGGCCUCCACCAGUUCUAGCUCUACACCAGCCCAGGAGACGAUCUGCCUUGAUGACUCACUAGAUGAAGAACUUUCUUUUCAUCCACCUGCACUGGAUCUUGUUUCUGAAGCUUUAGCUGUUAUCAACAACGGGAACAAGGGCCCUCCAGCUGGCUCAAGGAUAAGUAUGCCAACUGCAAAACCUCGUCCAGGACUGAGAGAGGAAAAAUUAGCAAGUAUCAUGAGUAAACUGCCACUGGCUACUCCCAAAAAACUAGAUUCUACUCAGACCGCACAUUCAUCAAGUCUUAUUGCUGGCCACACAGGGCCAGUACCAAAGAAACCCCAGGAUUUAGCUCAUACUGGCAUCUCUUCAGGCCUUAUUGCUGGUUCUUCAAUUCAGAACCCUAAAGUUUCCUUAGAACCUUUGCCAGCCAGGCUACUUCAACAAGGACUACAGAGGUCAAGCCAGAUUCAUGCUGCUUCCUCUUCACAGACCCAUGUCUCCUCUUCUUCCCAAGCCCAAGUUGCUGCCUCCUCUCACGCUCUGGGAACAUCAGAGGCCCAAGAUGCUUCUUCGUUAACACAAGUAACAAAGGUGCACCAGCAUUCAGCUGUCCAACAGAACUAUGUGUCUCCAUUACAAGCAACUAUUAGUAAAUCACAGACCAAUCCAGUGGUGAAAUUAAGUAAUAAUCCCCAACUUUCCUGUUCAUCCCCACUUAUUAAGUCUUCAGAUAAGCCACUUAUGUACCGCCUUCCCUUAUCUGCUCCCCCACCUGGAAAUGGUUCUCAAGGGUCCCACUCCCUGGUUUCUAGGACAGUACCUAGCACCACUACCUCCAGUAACUAUUUAGCCAAGGCGAUGGUGUCACAAAUCCCCACGCAGGGUUUCAAAUCUCCCUUCUCAAUGGCUGCAUCCCCAAAACUUGCCGCAUCUCCAAAACCUGCCACGUCUCCUAAACCCUUGCCCUCACCUAAGCCUUCUGCCUCACCCAAGCCCUCUCAGUCAGCUAAGCCUUCAGUAUCAACUAAACUUAUUUCUAAAUCCAACCCAACUCCCAAACCUACUGUAUCCCCAAGUCCUUCCAGUCCGAAUGCACUAGUGGCCCAGAGUAGCCACUCUAGCGGUAACAACCCAGUCCAUAAACAGCCCAGUGGAAUAAACAUCAGCAGACAGUCUCCCACCUUGAAUUUAUUGCCCUCUAAUCGCACUUCAGGCCUUCCAUCUACAAAAAAUCUUCAGGCCCCUCCAAAGCUAACAAACUCAUCAUCCACUGGAACUGUCGGCAAGAAUAGCUUGAGUGGAAUUGCAAUGAAUGUACCGGCCAGCAGAGGUAGCAACCUUAACUCAAGCGGAGCUAGUAGGACUAGUCUAUCUGGGGGAACAGGAAGUGGAACACAGGGUGCUACAAAACCGUUGUCUACUCCACAUAGACCAUCCUCUGCCUCAGGGUCGUCAGUGGUAACAGCCAGUGUGCAGUCCACAGCAGGAGCAUCAUUAUUGGCUAAUGCCUCACCUCUGACUCUCAUGACAUCACCUUUGUCUGUAACAAAUCAAAAUGUGACUCCUUUUGGGAUGCUGGGUGGCCUUGUUCCAGUGACCAUGCCCUUCCAGUUUCCCUUGGAGCUACUUGGCUUUGGAACGGACACAGCUGGAGUGACAACCACCUCGGGAUCUACCUCAGCCGCUUUCCACCAUAGCCUAACUCAGAAUUUACUAAAGGGUUUACAGCCAGGAGCUCAGCGUGCAGCAACACUUUCCCACUCACCUCUGCCUACGCAUUUACAGCAAACAUUUAACGAUGGAGGCCAAAGUAAAGGGGACACUAAAUUACCACGGAAAUCUCAGUGACUUCCCAGCAAGCAAAGGAGAUGACACACUCGGCUGGCUGAUGGAAUCUACCUGAUGGAAAAGUACUCAUGUGGUCAUAGGGCUGCUGUUCUGUCGAUGUUUACAUUCUCUCGUCCCAAGCACUGUGGUGAGGAGGAAAAAGAAAAGAAAACAUUACUUGAGUAAAGCCAGGUGCAGGAGGAAGAAAUGCUUUCGUGCAAAGUUAGUGACCUUUUGGUCUUUUCUAAAGAAAGACAAAGUUACCGUAUUAACUGACUUGAAAGAGACUCAGUUGUCAAACCCACAGAAAUACAAAUUGGAUUUUUCCCGGGGGGAGGAAGAAGGAAAUUGAGGAUUUGGGUAAACUCCAUCCAUCCUGGGGGUUGGAUCUGAACACUUGUAGACAUAAUUGCAUAAUAAAAGACAAUAUAUCUGAAAUUAGGCCAGUUUGUCAGGAGUAAUGAUCAUGUCUGGGUGGACCAUGCAGCAAAUUUGCCACAAAAAAAGUUAAUGACCCUAUGUCUGAUACAGACAGUAGCUGAGUAUAAAUCAUGUACCCUCAAAAAUCCUGAACAAACUUGAAUCUUCUCCAGUGUGUAGCAACUCCUAUGUAAAUCAGUGGACUAAAGAUGCUUCAGGAAAGUCAUUUUAGCACAGUGAUAUAUAUUACAUUUUUAAGUCAAAAAAUUGAGCCCGUUGCUCUUAACAGACAAAACUUAGAUGUUCCCUUUUUGUAAAAGGGUCAAUUACAUCUUCCAUUCAGAAGCAGGUACUUAACUCUCUUCUUCAGGUGAUUUGUGCAUCUGGUAUUGACUGGUUGAUUCUUAUUUCCAUUCUUGAUGUUAAAACGUGACUGUGUUCACAUUUUCCUCUUGAGAAAUGGGGAUCUUUGAUAUAGGGCUGUGGCUUUGGUCCACUUAGCCUUUGCAGGCCUGCCAGUAUGAACUGUAAAUUUCCCCCAACAUCACCUCAGGUUCACAACGUCUCCUUCUGUUCUUUUAGCUAGUGGUAUUUCAGGUGAUUAUUAACUAUUGAUAUAAACAGGUAUAAGUGUGCAUUACAGUGCUUCUUCAUUGGUCAUUCAAAUGGCAUAUAUGUAUUUUUUUUGGAAUUUUGAAGAUGGUGUUUUAAAGGGAAGAAUUAAAUUAGGAUCAUUAUGUGUACAGGGGAUUAUUUUUAUAACAAUCAUAGUGUAUUUUUACUCCCUAUAUCCAGUGUAGUGAAAUUGAUUUGGAGCAUUUGGGAUUUUAAAGCUUUACUAAUAUUUACUCAGAGUAUCGAUAUGUGAGUAAACCUGCAGAUAAUAAGACUCCGUUAUUAUAGCUUCCUCAUGCAAAUAGCAUAUUCAACAAAGGACGUUAAGGGAGAAAUUUAUGGUUAUGUUUGGAUGCAUUUUGUUUGGGUUUUUAUUCACCUCAUCAUUGUUCUAGUCUCUCUUUUUUCUUCCUAUUUAGGCUUCUGAAUGUUUUCAAACUGUACUCAAGAAUAGUGUAAGCUUGAUCCAUUAACAAUGACAGACUAACCUAAAAAAACCAGCAUCAGAUUGGUAGUAGCAAGAUUCCUUGCAUAUGUUUUCAUUACAAAUCAUCCUGUUACGUUUACUCAGAUAAGGGUAUUAACCAGGCCCUUUUUUUCCUUUCAUGAGCAGAAGUUCCAAAUAGCUUUAGGACUGUGAAUAAAUGAGCACAGAUCUCUUUAGAUCUGUAAGCCUGUAUUUUGACUUCAGAGUCACAUUGGCUUGGUUAUAGCCAAAAAAAAAAAAAAAAAAAGUUAAUAACUGAAAACUUUAGUUCUAAGAACUUGUUACAGUAAGAGGAAAGGAUUAUUUCAAAGGAAUCAUUGAUAUAAUUACUUGCCUCUAAGAAUUUAGUUUACUGGUAAAGCAAAUAAGAAUGUUGUGUCAACCCUGGUGGAUGUUUUGGAAGGAUAUUGGGAUGGUGCAGAUAGGUUUGACUUGAAUUGAGUAUGUUUGAUUAAAGUUUGUUUGAUUUUUUAACUAGGGAAGCUUACCCAGUUCUUGAGUUGUUCCAGUGUAGCAUACCUCUUGCUUUUAUUUAAUUUAGAAAAAAGAAGUCUUUGCUAAUCUCUAGGAAUUUUCCUUUGGGAAGCUGCCUUUGUUUUACUUCCCAUACCAGGAGAGAAGUCAGAAUGCACAUUAAUCUCUCUUCCUGAGGAUAGUUGUGCAUGUAUUCAUCUGUAUGUGUAUAUCUGUACACAUAUAUUUAUCUAUAUAUAAGUUCAUUAGGACUUUCAGUUGAGGAGUAACAACUUUAAUUUCUUUAAUCCAUCAACUCUGAAUCACGCCAUGUGAAGAUCCCUGAUGACUCUGUCUUCAUUAGAGAAGAACAGGAUUAUCAGUUCUUCCCCCAGUAUCGUUUAUAACUAACCGGUAAAAAUAACUGAAGGCCCUUGGCUCUGAGGAGUUCUCAUACGUGGAGAUUCUGUUCUUUUCUCUUCGGUCUUGAUUCUGCGUCACUCACUGCACCACAUUUUCACUACCUUAAUCCACUCCAAUCAAGACUGCCCUUUUAUGUUGUACAAGUGAAACCAACAUCCUUAUAUUUCUUAAAAAAUAUGAUCAAAGAGUUACUACAUGUAAAUACCUCUUUCUUUUCUAGGCCAUAACAUUGAAAAUGGUGUCCAUACUGUACAGUCACCUAUUUUUACAGUUUGUCUUACUAAAAUCAUACAUACAAAUCGGUUAUUUUUUAGCACAGAGGCUUGUGACUCAUAUUCUAUUUUUGCACUUGAAAGUCAAAUUAUGUUAUUUUUUAAAAUGGUGAGUAAUUUGGAAAGGAUAUAGAGCAAUGUGUAUUUCUGAAGAGCAUUAGCAACAUCCCAGUGUAAAAGUAAUCAGCACACAAUGAUGUCCCCAUUCAGCGGGAUUCUUGAUUCAGGAAAAGUAAGCUGUUUUCAACUGUCUCGUAUUUUAAAUUGCCUUCACUGAUGUAUAAGCUGUUACUGUACAUACAAGUUAAUCCUCAGUAUUCACGAGCAAUAAUGAGUGGUCAGCAGAGCUGUCUCCAGAGAUAGCAGAGCUGAGCCUCAGUUGGAGACUGAGAGCAAAGUGUCAAGCUCAUUCAGAGCCUCCACAAUAGAUGUAAGCAAUAAUUUAAUCAUAAGUCGAUUAUAAUUCUUUCUCAUAUGCUUCUGAGAUCAGAGGGUAAAAGAAAUCAUGAUUUUAAAGCAGCCUGAAGAAAUUAAGUUUUGGGGAAAGAAGUGAGGUUAAUCUGAAGUCACAGAAUCUUGAGAUUGAGGGAAUCAGAGGAUUGUGUUAGUACAUUCUUUCAUGCCUACCACCCCUUUGAUGGAUGCUGUUAGCCCAAAUUACAUUUUUUAAUAUCAGAGAAGCUGAAUAGGGUUUAUCAUAUCACCCAGGUAGGAGGAAGAACUGGGCACACACACGUUUGAAUGCUGUGGGUUUGACACCUGUUUGAAAACAACUUAUCUGAAAAGAUUUUUAACCCAGGAUUUUUUUUUUCCCAAAGCAGAUCUAAAUUGUUUACUACCCAGGUUUGGAAAGGGCAGACACCUCUAAUCUUUCUCCUCUCGUUGCCCUCUACCACACCCCUUUCCACCUCUACUUGGUUCAAGACAUUUUCUGAAAUGGAAUUCUACUGUUAUUCAAACUGCCAUUGCUUAUGAGAACGCUGUGUCCCUUGGGAUCAUCUCUUAGAACUCCAGUUAUCUAUCAGAUUUGCUGCUACAUUUGUAAAAUGAACUUUGCCUGUAAUGGUCAACUUUAAUCUAAUUUACAGUUCUUUACUUCUAGGAGGUUUUGUCAUAUAAUUUGGCCCAUGUAUAGAAUUAGGAUACUUUAUUUUAGGGGUGUACCAUAAAAGCACACUGGUCCCUGUAUUCUUUUUUAUCAUCAUUUAGGUUUUGAAUUUUUGUUUGCUUUUUUUGUUCGUUGAUGUUUGUUUUGUCUUGUUUUAAAUUAGAAGGGUGAGAGGAAUCUGUAAUCUGUAAGGCCAGACGUGAGAACUUGCCCCGUGCUUCAGCACUGUAGUUUCUGCUGACCUUAUGUUCUCAAAAGGGCACUUUUACUUUCUAUUGUGCAUGUAUGAUUGUUUUUUUGUUUGUUUGUUUUUGUUUUUGCUUUUAGGGGGCUUUUGUUUUUGUAAUAGUGAUGUGGAAGAAAAAUGCAGUAGUAGGUAAAUGACUGAUUACAAACAUGUUAAUUUUAUUUUAUAAAAUUUAAGGGGAAAGGUUUAACUCUGUAGAUCGUUUCUUAGCUCUGGUAAAAUGGCUUAUAUUACUCCUCUAAAACAUACUCAGUUCAGGCCUUUGUCUUUGUUAAGUGCCUUUUUUUUCUUUCUUCUUUCCCUUCUUUUGAAACUGUUCUCAGAUAUCCUAAAGUACAGGCUAAUACGUCAGGGGAUUCAGGAGGAAGAAUCUCAAAACUUGCCAAGAUCAUGUCAUGCUAUAAUAUUCUUCCUUUUCCUUAUAUGAAUAUGGAUAUAUGUGUAAGAUACAUACAUACAUGCAUACAUAUAUAUAUCUGUCUAUAUAUGUAUACAUAUGUAAUAUAUAUACAAAACUAGUAGCUGCUGUACCAUUGCAUCCUUUCUGAGCACUCCCCUAUUAAUGCUUGCAAAACUGCCUUGUUUAUUCCAUUGCUUUUAGUCAAUUCAAAUGGGUAGAUUGGGAAAUUGUCUUUUCACAAGAUACUAUUUUCCCCCUUUGAAUAUCUGUUUGUAGACGUCAACAGCAACAACAACUAUAACUAUAUAUAUAUAGAUAGAUAUAUAUAUAGAUAUAUAGAUAUAGAUAUAAAUAAAAUAAGUCAGUUAUUACAAGUAAAAUAAAUUUAGUGGACUCAUUGACUAUUCCUGGAUGUAAUCCACUACUCUGUGCCCUUCAAACUUGGCGUGCAUAAUACUAGAGAAAGCAUUGGAAUAACAAGAAUCUUAGAGUCUUUCUGGGUCAAGUUGAUAAGGUACACAACGGCAGGCAAGACUAAAGACAUGGGAGAGCUAGAGUUAGAACCAUGGUAUUGUUUCUGAGUUUUGAAGGAAGUUAGCAACUUUGUCAAUAUUAAAAAUGCAUCAUGUAUUCUUCUGGGAAAUAAUUUUUGAAGAAUUCAUAUAGCUGCAUAUCUGUCAAAAGGUUAAUAAACUUAGAAGUAGAAAAGACUUCAGAUUCUGAGGAAAAACACUCAUAUAACCCAUAGCAUUCUUGAGAGAGCUUCAGUUUUCUUAUUUGCCAAAUAAUUACAUUUGGCUUAAUACGAUUUAAUGGUUAUCUAUGUUUCUCCCUUGAGCAAAAUAACAUAAUAUUCGAUAGCUAAUAUUCAUCUGUUUCUUGUUGAAAACAGAUGUGACAUGUUAAGGGAGACUAAAUUGAACCAAUCCUCAAAGCCCAGUACAGAUAUAUCUAAUAAAUGCCCCCUUUUAACUACAUUUUAACUGAGGAGACUGGUGGCCAAAAAGGAGAAAGCAGAGGCUCCUGGUAGUGUUACCUGAUAGCAAGACUGUUAUCAGGUGGCCUCAGUUCAGGCAUGUUACUCUUGAAUUACUAUGUUUAGGGGGAAUAUCAUUUAACCUUUGUGCCUCAGAUUACCCAUUAGAAAAUUGGGUAUAAUAAUAUUCACCUACCUCCCAGGGAUAUCAGAGACUUUUUCAAAAAUAUUUUGAGUUUUUCUAAAAUGUCCUAUAUAAUUUAAAAAGUAUUAUCAUUUUCCUGCAGCGGCUAAAAAAUGUUUCCCUAUGAUGGGUAUAAAAAAGUACCAUAUGAUUUUUAAGUUUAAAAAAAAAUCACUGGAAUUCUAAUUUAGAUACAUAUUUGUUAUUUAAACAUAUUAUAUUUGUGGUUGGAUAAAAUGCUUAGUUUCAGGUUAAUAAGUGGGGAGGGGGUAAAUAACACUAAGUUUCUCAAUUAUAAGUAGAUUUUUUUUUUAGCCAUUUAUGGUAUUAUUACACAUGUGAUUUUUGCCAAGGUUGUGGAGCUGAAGCUAGCUAAAGCUUGGACAAUUGGUUAUUGGAGUUGAUUAAUGAUCCCAAACAUUUUAUCUGCCUCACUUUGCCAUAUUCUCAGUCUGAUUUCCUUAUAUUACUUGUUUAGUGAGGGAUAGCUAAACUUUUAACUUUCUAAGAAUGAAUGGGAGUCUCCUCCUUCUUGUAAAUUGAGAUUGUGUACUCUUGCUGUAACUAUAGGUUUAUCCAGCUUUGCACUGAAGGGGCAAGCACUACAUACAGUCAGCUGGGUGUACUUUUAGCCAGUCUACCUUUGUAAUUUAUGCUUCUUCAACCGUGAAAGAGUUGGAGCCAUCAACUGCUCAGGUGGUAGGAAAAUGGGA